AUGUCUCAGCGCACUCGUAGGGACCACAACGCACUUCAAAUUCCAUGCGGCUACUUACACUGUGCUCGCUACUUCAAGACUCAGGGAGGGCGCAAAAAACACUGGAACGUUUCCCACCCAACGUUCAGACAGGCCGCCGUCUCGCAAGAUGAGUUCGAAAUACCGGUCAACGAUGUCCCUGCAGGUGACAACAACCCUCCUGCAGGUGAUGAUGGCCUUCCGGCGGAUUCUUUUGAUCCGGGUCAGGCUUUCAACGAGCCUGACAAUUCAGUUGACGCAGACACGGUAUUUUUCGGGCCAGGUGAUAGGCUAUACCGCAACUAUCACCCCAAAUUAAACGCACAUCCAUGUGAUGCAACAGGACACUUCCUUGAAGAUGGAGUACCUCCAGCGCCACCUCCAGACAAGUCACCUGACGACUGGACUCCAUACCGGGAUCGCGUCGAGUUCGAGACUGCGGAGUUCCUGUACACGCGCAACCAAAUGUCCGCCGGGGACAUCAACAUUUUGCUGGAUCUUUGGGCCGCAACCCUCCUCAAACACAACGACAAGCCGCCGUUUGCAGACUGCCGCGACUUGCAUAGAACUAUCGACAGUACACCACUAGGCGACGUCAAAUGGCAAUCAUUUAAGGUACGGUACACUGGGGAGAAGCCAACAGAUGCUGUACCACCCUGGAUGGAUCAGUCCCAUGAUGUGUGGUACCGCGACCCCCACGAGGUGAUACGGAACAUGCUGGGGAAUCCAGACUACGAAAAGGAGAUGGAUUACCGUCCUUUUCGCGAGUACUCGGCUGACAGCGACAAACGACAAUGGCAGGACUUUAUGUCCGGUGACUGGGCCUGGACCCACGCGGAUAUAAUUUGUCAAGAUCCGGACACUCUCGGCUCGACAUUUGUGCCAGUUAUACUCGGAAGUGACAAAACUACAGUAUCGGUAGCAACAGGCGCGAACGACUACUACCCAUUGUAUGUAUCGAUUGGCAACGUUCGGAACAGUGUACGGCGCGCACAUCGUGACGCCGUUGCCAUUAUUGGCUUCCUUGCCAUGCCAAAAACUACAAAGGAGCACGCCGCUGAUUCAAAAUAUCGAAAAUAUCGCCGACAGCUAUUUCAUUCGUCUAUCGCCAAGAUCCUCGAGAACUUGCGACCGGGAAUGACUAAACCAGAGGUCGUUCGCUUCGGUGAUGGCCACUAUCGGCGUGUGAUUUACGGGCUUGGACCGUAUAUUGCGGAUUAUGAGGAGCAAGUUCUUUUGGCUUGUAUAGUGCGUGGCUGGUGCCCCAGAUGUAUGUCCAACCGCAACACUUUAGACGAGAAGUCGUUGUGUCGGUGCCGUGACCACACGGAAGCGCUAAUCGAAGAGGUUGCAACCUCCCUCGCUCUGUGGGAUGAGUACGGGAUUGUCAGCGACCUUGUUCCGUUUACCAACGACUUUCCUCGCGCGGAUAUCUACGAAUUGAUCGCGCCAGACCUCCUUCACCAGCUGAUAAAAGGAACCUUCAAGGAUCACUUGGUCGAGUGGAAAGAGGCAGAGAAAAUUCAAGAUGAUAUAGACCAAAGAAUUUCUGUGGUUGCCUCCUUUGCAGGCCUUCGACGUUUUCCGCAGGGUCGAGGCUUCAAGCAAUGGACCGGCGACGAUUCAAAGGCGCUUAUGAAGGUUUAUCUACCCGCCAUUGAAGGUCACGUCCCAACCGAUGUGGUGCGCACCUUUCGUGCGUUUCUCGAAUUCUGCUAUCUCGUACGGCGUAGCAUCAUUACAGAAUCUACGCUAGUUCAAAUCCAGGACGCUCUCGACCGAUUCCAUCAUUACAGGACUAUCUUCGAGUCCACCGGCGUUAUCUUCACAUUCUCCCUCCCUCGCCAACACUCGUGCUCCCAUUAUGUCCUCCUUAUUCGACUUUUUGGUGCACCGAACGGCCUUUGCUCGUCGAUUACGGAGACGAAGCACAUCAAAGCGGUGAAGGAACCGUGGAGGCGAUCGAGUCGCUACAAAGCACUCGGUCAAAUGCUGGUAACAAACCAGCGCCUAGAUAAGCUUGCAGCAGCGCGCGUGGAUUUCAAGAGCCGUGGAAUGUUGAAUGGGACCUGUCUGUCCGCAAUACUUCAGAGACUAAAGCGUUUGCGCUUGAAUAAUGACCCUGCUGCCACCAACGAGCCCAACCCAACCAACGAUAAUAUCUUGGUGCUACCUUCCAACACUGACAUUACGGUACUCGGCGACAACGAAGAGGGUGAAAUCGACGACAGCCCAACGCUGGUGCAGGCUCACGUUCAGCUGGCAAAAAUGAUUCAGCGCAAACGUGCACGCACCAUUCCCGAUUUAUCCACAGAACUCGCUAUCCCCCAUCUCUACACCCUCCUCCGCCAAUUCUUAUUCGAACAAUUGAACCCAGAUGACCAGCGUGCUCCCUCCGAUGUCCCGCUUGCACAAUGUCCUCGAUUCGACGGCAAGAUUCAAUUGUUCAACUCGGCAUCUUCGAUGUUCUAUGCUCCCAGUGACCGCAGCGGGAUUGGCGGCAUGCGCCGCGAACAUAUCCGUGCCUGUCCUGUUUGGAGAAACGAGGCACCCCGGUACGACUGCGUGUUUGUUAACACAGACGCAGGUGUCGAAGGGAUGAGGGGCAUGGAGAUAGCCCGUGUCAUGUGUUUUUUCUCGUUCACGUUUGAAGACAUCGUGUACCCAUGCGCUGUAGUACACUGGUUCGACAAAGCCGGCGAUGGGCCUGACGAGGACACGGGGAUGUGGGUUGUCGAACCCUCAUUCGAUGCUGAUCGUUCGCCGUCCGUUGGAAUCAUCCACAUUGAUUCAAUCUAUCGCGCCGCACACCUUGUCCCAAUCUAUGGAGCGCAGGUCAUCUCACGCGACCUCAAGCACUAUGACUCAUAUGAUCAUUUUCAAGCAUUCUAUGUGAACAAAUUUGCAGACCAUCACGCAUUCGAGAUCGCGUCUUAGGACUUCUUACACUUGUACAAUUGCUCACAAGCGAGCGGUCGAAGAAUUCGGAAUUCGACGAGCGCAAUUCCCCCCCUCUACCUCUCCAUGAACCCCUCCCCUCACUUUCAACAACACCCACAGCAGCAGCAGCAGCCUCCU